UCCCGCAACACAUUGUAUUUGUUUACCUCCUAGUCGAAAGAAAGAGAUAUUACCUACGUUUUCUCCGCGCUUUUCUCGUUUCUUGUUCCACAAGCUAUUUGCAAUUUAUCUUUUGAAAUCAUUGCUAUCGAUGAAUUAGCCAUAUCAGAAUCUGUAAAUAAUGCAUAUAUCGCCAAGUAUUUUGGAAAUCAACACAGAGAAAGGUGCUUAAUAAGUAUUAUUUUGCUGACGUUAUAAGGCUUUUUCCUUGUUCGAGCUUUUUUCUGAUUUUUUGUCAAAUGCAACAAUUAUUUGCUUGAAAGUGUGUGUUCUUACUUGUUUUCAGUGGUCGUUGAAGUUUUUAUCAUAAAUUAUUUAAACAAGGAAACAAAGCGAAUCAGUAGUGUGGAAAAUUGCAAUUUAUAGAUGAACUGUAAGUUGAUAAAUUUACAAGACUGCUGAUACGCUACAUUAUGGUACUUUCAUUUGCCAAAUGUAAAGAAAUUUAUUUAAUUACACAUUCAGCUAAAGGUUUAUGUUGAGUUCAUCAUGUCUAGCUGUCCUGAUGACAGUGAUCUUUUUCGUACUAACAAUAUUAUUAAUGCAGAUAGAAGUAGUCAUGCUGUGAUCUAUGCUAGUGCUGAAAAUGGUACAGUGUCUCUUGAUCAGUUGUACCUCAAGACACCUUUCACAUUUCCUAACAUAGCUGCAACUACUCCUGACAAUUCUGCCAAACGGCGGAUAAAGAAUUUCUCUUUACAAGAAAAAGUGCGUGUACUGGACGAUGUGAAAGCCGGUCGCUCAAAAGCGGAGGUACGCAAGGAAUAUGGUAUCGGUGAAAGCACACUCCGUAGAUGGGUCCACGAUGAGCAAAAGAUCCGUGAUGCUUUGCAUGAGGAAAAUGCCAGCCGUAAGAAACUUCGACCCGAUGAUAAUCCAUAUGUCGGCGAAGCACUUAUUGCCUGGUAUAAUCGCUGCAAACAGCAAAACAUUCCGCUUUCGGGACUCAUGCUAAGAGAAAAGGCAUUAGAGCUGAACAAAAUGCUCGGCGGAAAAGAGAACUUCACGGCAAGCAGUGAGUGGUUUACCAACUGGAAACGAAAAUACGGACUGCCAUAUACCCUCAACACAACUUUUCCAGAAGAUAACAAACCCCCAGAAGACUCAGCCUUGAAUCAAUUAACAAUGACGUUAACAAAUGCAGUCGAAGAAGAAUCUCUGUUACGUUGUCAAAUCUUCAAAUGUGACAAAAGUGUAAUGCACUACAAAUCUCUACCAGGUCGCACGACUUCGGGAGAUCGAGUUACGAUAAUGACUUGCAGCAAUGCCGAUGGCAGUUUAAAAUUACCAUUAGUGGUUCUUGGUAAAUCAUUAAAGUCAACAACACUGGUGAAUUUACAGCAUUGUUUGCCAAUAUUCUAUGCUCACCAGACUAGUACGUGGUUAGAUAGUGAUGCUUUAAACGAGUGGUUCGAUAGUGAGUUCACACCUAGAGUCACGGACUUUCUCAAAAGUCGCAAUUUACCUUUGAAAGCCAUUCUUGUUGCGGAGAAUGUUCCCUCAGAUGCCUUUCAAAAUCGGCCGACCAGUGAAUUGCAGAUACACUUAAUUUUGCAUAAUUUAAGUUUGGUGAUUGGACCAAUAGACAACGAAAGUCUGCAGUGCGUCAAGCUCAAUUAUGCGCAAAAAUUACUCACAGCAAUCGUUGCAGCUCAGCAAGACGGUGAGAUAUCCGGUGAUUUUUUAAGAAGAAUCAAUCUUAGGGAUUUUAUCUAUUGGAUUACUUGUGCUUGGAAUGAAGUUGAACCAGCGAGUAUUGUCAAGUGCUGGAGAAAGUUAUUGCCUGACAAUGAGGAAAGUCGUAGAGUCAUUGAAGAGGCGCAAAGCGUUAACGGUGCCAUUGUACUAGAUACACUGAGGAGAAUCAAAGAAUAUAGGGAUGCUGGAGUUGAUGAAGUAGCUAAGUGGAUCGCUGAAAAUCACGAGACAUCGAGGAUAUCUAUAGACAAUCACGUUAUUGAAAUUGUUGUGAAGGACGACAAUGAGGAACAAGUUGAUGUUGCAGAAAAUAUGUGUGAAAAUACGAAGACUGUAUCAGCAAGUGAAGCAUUAAGUGGCUUAAACGACGCAAUAACGUUUUUUGAGCAAAACGGAUGUACCAGUGUAUCAGAGAUGAUGACGCUAGUGAAGCUGAAAGAAAGAGCUCUGAAUUUAAAGAUAAAUGGGAAAUAAGUUCAAUACAUAUGAUAGUUUAAGGGGCAAGAGUAAUUAGCUAUUUUGUAAAACAAGAUACUAAUUUAGCUUGUAAUUUAUUAAGUCAAUUUUAACGGUUUUUUGUAUAAAAGUGCAGAAUAAAAAAGCUUUAU